CGCGGGACCACGCGGCGGCCGGGGAGUCCGAGCCCUUCGGCGCCUGAUCCCGCCCGGGCCGCGGGGCCCCUCCGCUGCAGAACAUGAAUAAUCUUUCAUUUAGUGAGCUAUGCUGUCUCUUCUGCUGUCCACCUUGUCCAGGAAAAAUCGCUUCAAAAUUAGCAUUUUUACCACCUGAUCCAACUUACACACUGAUGUGUGAUGAAAGUGGAAGCCGCUGGACUUUGCAUCUAUCAGAGCGAGCAGACUGGCAGUAUUCUUCCCGAGAGAAAGAUGCUAUUGAAUGUUUCAUGACUAGAACCAGUAAAGGCAACAGAAUUGCCUGCAUGUUUGUGCGUUGCUCCCCCAAUGCCAAAUACACUUUACUCUUCUCACAUGGGAAUGCUGUGGAUCUUGGUCAGAUGAGCAGCUUCUAUAUAGGAUUGGGAUCACGGAUUAAUUGUAAUAUAUUCUCCUAUGAUUAUUCUGGAUAUGGUGCAAGUUCUGGGAAACCCACAGAAAAGAACCUCUAUGCAGAUAUAGAAGCUGCUUGGCUUGCUCUCAGGACAAGGUAUGGCAUUCGUCCUGAAAAUGUGAUUAUAUAUGGCCAAAGUAUAGGGACAGUCCCAUCUGUGGAUCUUGCUGCUCGAUAUGAGAGUGCUGCUGUGAUUCUUCAUUCUCCUCUGACCUCAGGAAUGCGAGUUGCUUUUCCUGAUACCAAGAAGACAUACUGUUUUGAUGCAUUCCCCAAUAUUGACAAAAUCUCUAAGAUAACCUCUCCAGUAUUAAUAAUUCACGGGACUGAAGAUGAAGUCAUUGACUUUUCACAUGGCCUCGCGUUAUUUGAGCGGUGCCAAAGACCUGUGGAACCUCUGUGGGUUGAAGGGGCAGGUCACAAUGAUGUGGAACUUUAUGGACAGUACCUUGAAAGGUUGAAACAGUUUGUGUCACAGGAACUGGUAAAUUUGUAAAAUAGUCUGUAAAUUUGCAUACUGGGUUUAUUUUGUUCUUGCUGAACUGCACCCUGGUAAAAAGCAUAAAACCUGAAAGUUUUGUUUGCAGAUCAUGUCAGUUGCCUUCAUAAAUGUACAGGUAAUGAUUUGUUAACAAACUUAAUGAAGGUUUUGAUUACCAGAACUAGAAACUGGAAAUAACAGUAUCAUGCAGUCAAGCUGUAUAAUUUAUAUUUUUUCUGUGAAUUUUUUUUAACAUCAAAUGAGUACUGUAUAAAAUUUUAAUUAUAAAAUCAAAUGCUGUAAAAGUAUUGCCAAAUGCUUUUGCAUAUCAGAAACAAAUUUAUAAAUAUUUUUAAAACAUCUCAAUGUACUAAAUCUUAUCCUGGUAUACAAAUGUAAUAUUCUUUCAAGAAAGUCUGUAUAUCUAAAAUAACAAGUACUCAUAAUAGAAUAACCUGUAUAAAAUAUGUGAGUUCAUUAGAGAUGACCUAAGCCCUGUUGUAUAGGGAUAGAGGUUUAAACGGUUAUUUUGUUGUAAAAUACAUUGAAUUUUCUGUAUUUCCUGGCAACCAUACAUUUUAUUUCUUAAAAAAAAAUAUGAUGUAAAGACUUAAUUUUUAUGCUAUCUGUUAAUUAACCAACUAGUUACCUUGUAAAUGAAAAGUCAUGAUAGCAGUGAAUUUUAACUAGUUUUAAUUUAUAAGUUUGGUACUAUGAGGCAACUUCUUAAAUUUUUUAUUUUAGUUAAAUGGAAGUUAGAGCUUUAAGAAUGAUUUUGUAUGCGAUGUUUUAAAUUUUGACUCUUGUAGAAUGGCUGUACUCUUCAUUAUAAGAUAACUUGGAAGUCCAUUAGAUGUUCUUCAAGACCACAAACAGACUAGCUAUUUGAUCCCUUUUCACGUCACUGUUUUUAAGAAUAAGAUUUUUUGUUUUGGGUUACUAUCAGAAAUUAUCAUGGAUUCCCUCCUAUAUAGGAGCUAUGAAGACACUUAAUAAUUCAUAACUUUUAUAUUAACCAGAGUAGUAAAAAAAAAAUAAAGCUCACACAAAAAUUAAGUUGCCUUUCCUUGAAUGAAUCCUGCCUGAAUAAAAAACAAUGAAAGAAAAAACAUUAACGGUAUGUAGUCUCAUUUGUAAAUGAAUGAAUAUUGAAAUAAUAUACACUGUGGAUAUAUUUUAAGGCCUUAUGUAGUUUUAAUUGUUCUGCUUGUUCUGUGGUUAUGUCUUAAGAUUAUAGUAUAUGAUUCUCUUUAAAGUAUAUCAAGUAUUGUGAAUGCUUUGGUUCAGAUGUGUCAAAUUAACAGUAAAACAAAAAAUAUACCA